AUGAAUGCCUUGACUGGAGGCAAUGGUAGUAGCAUCACUCAAGCUCUAAAUGAUGAGGAAAAGAUAUACCAGUUGAUUCUAGACCUGACCAGUCCAAAUACUCGUGAGCAGGCAAUGCUGGAACUCAGCAAGAAACGAGAAACGUAUGAGCAUCUGGCUCCAUUUUUGUGGCAUUCGUUUGGUGUGGUCACGGCAUUACUUCAAGAGAUCAUCUCAGUCUAUCCCAUGCUCACCCCGCCCACACUCACAGGGGUUGCUUCUAACCGAGUCUGUAACGCUCUCGCUCUCUUGCAAUGUAUUGCUAGCCACAAUGAGACACGACCUUUGUUUCUUGGAGCCCAUAUUCCCCUGUUUCUUUAUCCAUUCUUGAAUACUACCAACAAGACUAGACCUUUUGAAUAUUUGCGUUUGACUAGUUUGGGUGUGAUUGGCGCACUCGUCAAGAAUGAUAACUCGGAAGUCAUUAAUUUCCUAUUAUCGACCGAGAUCAUUCCACUCUGUUUGCGUAUCAUGGAGACUGGAAGUGAGCUAUCCAAGACGGUUGCAAUAUUUAUUGUUCAAAAGAUUCUUUUGGACGAAAUGGGUCUCAACUACAUAUGUGAAACAUACGAACGCUUCUAUGCUGUUGGGACAGUCUUGUCAAAUAUGGUAUCUCAGCUUAUCGAUCAGCAGUCGAUUCGACUUUUGAAGCAUGUGAUUCGGUGUUAUCUGAGACUUUCAGAUAAUGUUCGAGCAAGAGAAGCAUUACGACAAUGUCUCCCUGAUCCCCUGAGGGAUAGUACUUUUGCACAGAUUCUUAAAGAUGACAUUACUACAAAGCGAUGUCUUGCUACUCUGUUGAUUAACCUUUCAGAACAAUAG